GCUAUCGUGACUUUCAAUAAUCCCAAAGAUGUGGAGCGGUUCCUCACUGAGAGCAAGAGCAACAAGAGUUUCCAGAAGCAGGGUUUGAUUGGCUGGUUGCUAGAGAGGGGCCAGAGUGUGAGAGUGGAGAACCUGACCUCCAACAUACCUCAAGAUAUGCUGGAGCUCUACUUUGAGAAAUGGGCUGGCCCAGCAAAGGACAUCACUAUGUUUCCUGAGGAGCAGGCAGCCAUUGUCACCUUCCACACACCAGAAGUUGUGGAAACCACUCUAAAUAAACAUCAUGUAAUUGGCAAAGUCCCAGUCAACGUGUAUCCAUACUACGAGUCCUUGGGCACUGCCUUGUAUGGCAAGAAGAGGCCAAUGUGGAAGAUGCCUGACCCCUUCAUAGAGAGUGUGCAUUCUGCCGUAUGGAAAUUCCUCUCCAUGAAGAGACAGUUGUCCCCCAUCACUGACCAAAUGAAGGCCCACUUCUGUAAUGUAGACAUGGAUAGUCCUCAGGUAAAACUCAGUCCUCUGCCAACCCUGCUAAGGCAGAAAGGACUAACAAGCAAACAUGUAGACGGAUGGAAGAAGAAUGCCUCGAUUGUCUUCCGUGACAUCAUGGCCCAAUAUGCAGUGUUUGAGUGUUUUGCAAGUGCCCCAGCGUGGAAGGCAGUGGAGAACGAAGUCCGCUCGGUGGUGAAAGAGGAUGCUGUGCUGGCUAUGGAUGCCUCCAAAGGGUCUCUGACAGUUGCAGGUCUGGCCGAAGACACAAAGCGACUCAGGGGGCCGGUGGAAGACCUCAUGCAGAGGGCCAUGAGUCAGAUAGAGAGGCAGAGGGACGGCGUCUCGGAGGAGAUGGACGUGUCCCCUACCAUGUUCUACAUCCUGCAGCAGGACGGACUGCGGAAGCGUGUAGCAGACGAAGCCCCAGAGAUGGGUUUUUCCUACAGAGACGACACCAAGAAGCUGACUCUCUCAGGUCUUGUCGCAGAGGUGUACAAGGUGCAGAACUGGAUCCUGGAGAGGAAGCUCAAUAUGAAUAAGAAGCAGCUGAAGCUGGACCCCCACCUCCUGGACUUCCUGCGGUCAGUGGACAGUAUGGAGAUGUCCAAGGACCUGUUCACGUCCCGGGCAUCAGUGCUGUGUACAGCAUGGAGGGUGGAGAGGUGCUUCUGA